GUGAAAUCACCACAUUAAUAGUGGUUAUUGCUAUAAAUUACGCGUGAAACUAAAACUAAAGGUCACUUACUGUUGCCAUACCAGAAUCAUUGUGUUGGUCAACGCUUUAGCCAAUAACCGGACAUGUUUAGUGCAGCAUUAGCUUCAUGCUGGCUAGCUUGACAGUAGCUAUCCUGCCGAUAAGGAAGUUUAUCUACACGUUUCUGGACCAAAUCCCAACUUCUUUGACUUGGUGACUGCACACACGACCAACGCUCAGCUGCUGAGCCUGAAUGAGUAUUUCUGACACAACACCUCCUGACAGCUGGAGAAGUCAAAACACAGCAGAGACUACAAAGCAGCUGGAGACCUAUUGCACUGUGUGGAGGAUGUCUUCACCAAUAUACUACAACCAAGACAGUGUUACACGCUUCAAAAAAAGAAAAGCUCGUUUCUCUUUCAGUGAAGUUCACAUACUGUUGGAUGAAGUGAGGAAACAUCGUAUGGUUGUUGUGGGCAAAUUCAACCGUGGUGUUCCAACAGAUAUGAAGAAGCGCACAUGGGCAGAGAUUACGGCACGUGUAAAUGAGAUCGGGGAAUGCCAACGCGAGGUCAUUGAAGUCAUCAAGAAAUGGUCUGACCUAAAAUGUGACACUAAGCGGAAAGUGGCUGCCAUGCGGUCAGGGACAGUGCCCAACAGGGGCCUCAACUCACGUCUUUCCAGAGACCUUAAUCAGACAGAGAAAAUAGUGCUCCAGAUUCUGGAGAUGGACGAGGAAGACCAGAGCACGGGUGACUUUGGCCCCCUGGGAGAUGACGACGAUGUGCCAGAGGAGGAAGAGGAAAUGGAAGAGGAGGAUAUGAUGGGAAUGCAGAAUUCUCCCAACGGUGGGUUGGACAUGACGUCUAUGCCCCCGCCAAACUCCUACGCUGCAAGUGGACUUCCACAGUCAGGAGACUCGUCACAACUGUCCUUCGAUGUGCAUUAUGAAAUACCGACCACAGAAGAUGCUGAUGCUGCGUUUGCAGACUCAGAUGAUGACCAAAGGGAGGACGUGCCGCCUUCUACUCAGGCAGCAAAACCGACAGUGGAUCACCAAGGAAACAACGGCAUCCAGAAGCAAGGACAACCUCAGACGUCCUCUGGACCUUCAACCUCAACGGCCACACUUCCAAUGCCAGGUCAGCCUUCACAAAACAUGAGGGAAAACAUGCUACAUAACGCAUCGCUGAGCCUUCAGGAGCAGCACGCCACCAACAUCCUGCUGGAGACGGUUUCACGAUCCCUGGAGCUUCUGUCUGAGUCGGUGCAGCAGCUGGCAGAGACUCAGCAGGAGUUUGUACGCGAGUCGUUGCAGCUCCAACGGGAGACGGUGCAGGUUCUAAGAGACUUCACAGGUGGGGCCAUCGCGCUAAUGCAUGACAAACUAAAUGGACGGCCAACAUUAUAGCGACAAGGUGUCAAACAGAGAUGUUGUUAAGUUGUAUCACUGACUUCAUACAUGGGCUUCAGGCGCAGGAACCUUUAAGUUCCUUUGGACUCCACCGCUGGUUACUGUACUUUUUGAUAGUACUCAACAGAUUUUCUGUGGUUAUAUUUUAAAACUGUAUUCGUAGAGACAUUGUAUUGAUGGAAUUGCUGUCUGUGUGGUCAAAUGAAAAAGGACUGAGAAAAUAACUAAUGUUAGCCAUAAAGAAAGAACAUGUGGAGGGGUUCUUCUUUUUUUUUUUUUUUUUUUUUUUUUUUUGCUACUGAAAGUGAGACUCCUACCACUUCCGCUGUAAAGCAUUUUUAUCAAGCAUACACCACAUAUAAAGCCUUUACAUUCUUUUAAUGUUGAAAGAAUGAGUCUUUCAUUUUGGAAAGUCAGUCAAAUCCAUUUGUGUGUCUAAGUUGUAGCGUUCCCUUGCAUCAGUGUCUGGAGAUUAUCACAUGUACUGUAAUGGUGAGUGGAUUUCUGCACCUGACCAUUAUAUGGUCUAUAUGUCUGAAAGCUAAACAAGGUGUGUUAGAUACUUUGAAAAUACCUGUAACUGAAUAAUUUGUGAUUGUCUGAUUUUGUUUUUUACAUUAUAAACAUGAACACUUAAAUAUGACAAUUUCAAUAAUUUCUUUUAAAAAUGAAAUAAACCCCUCGUAUUAAGCAGAAGAAGUGUACAAAUUGUUCUAUUGGACAUAAUUCAGAAUUUCAAUUAUCAGAAAGUGUAAAUCAGGAACUGAACCUUUCUGUCUGGGGCUUUAUUUGUUUAUAGCCUAUGUCUAAGUUUGUUUCCAAAAGAACUGCUGAGGCCUCAUUUAUAAGUGCUACAGUAAAAUGUGAGCUAACCUGCAUAAUCAUCCUCUACUGAGGUCCAAGAGGCAGACUUUCUGCCAGUUUUGCAGCUUUGCAGAAAUUGCAGUAGGGGGCUCUCUGCGCAGUCUGUUUGAGAGGCCAGACUGCUGAUGAGAAGCUGAUACACAAUAUGCUGCAAUUCCUAGAGCUUUAAGACUGCUAAAAUAUAUGCAAAGAAACUCUGGGAUUGCUCUCUUCCUUUCAGUUUUCCACAAUAUCAGUUCAGACAAGACAGACAUUUGAGUAUAUAAAUGGUCAAGCAUUUAUUUUUACAGGCCUUAGAGGCAGCCUGAGGAAUGCUUCCUGCUUUAACUUGUGCAAAGAACUUACCUAAGAACACACCUACAUAGGAUGUUUAGCAUGUUUUUGUUUUUUUUAAAUCUUUAUUUUAAUUUAACUUAUUAAAUAAUUAGCUUGGUAGAAGAGCAAACCCUGUUAAAUGGCACUUUGUACACUAACCUGAAGGCUAAUAAUGACACUGAUGACAUGUUUAAAUGAACAUUUGAUAAAGCAGAAGACAAAAAGGUAAAAAUCUAAGAUGAACUCCAAAAGUUCUGACAGUCAAUGACAAUGUCAAUUUGAAAAAGUAUUGAAAUUGGAGCAGUUUUUGUGUAGUUUGUGUAAUUAUUGACCCAACACAACAUUGGCAGCUUUACAGCUAAAACUACUGUUUAUAUUUUAUGAACUUUCUUUUUUUGAGAGCUGCUUUUUGUUUACUACUCUCCUAUAAAGCUGAAAAUGGUGAAACUCCUGGCCAACUGUUGCUGUUUGCACAGUCCCUCCAGUCUAAGCCUCUGGAGCUUGUGUCUUGGUGUCCUCCCUCACUCGUCUCCUUCUUGCACCCCUCAGUUUUUGAGGAUGACCUGCUCGAGGCAGAUUUACAGCUGUGCCAUACUUUUUUUUUUUUCCCCCAUUUUCGUAAUGACUGAUUUAACUAUAAUCCAAGGGAUGUUCAGUGACUUGCAAAUUCAUCCCCUGACUUGUGCUCUCUAAUCACCUUUUCACUGAAUUGCAACAAACAAUUUUGCAAUCAUACUGACUCACCAAAAGCCUGACCCUCCAGAUACAGAUAAAAACAAUUGAAUCCCCUCGACUCCACACAGAUGUUAAAAGCACUGUAAGUGUUGUGUAACAUAUUUCCUUGUAAAUUAUAUUAUACAAGAUGUUGCAAGCAUUUGCGAGGCUGCUCCAGAAACUGCUGAUACUUGAUGCCUUGACUGAGAAGGACUUUGAGUGAAUUUGCAACAAGGUGCAUUUAGCAGCACAUCGGAG